GAUUUUUUUUUUGUUGCAGUCAGUUGUUCAGGCUUAUUAGGAAAAGAGGGAGUUGUCUAACAGCAGAGGAGAGUUUUGCUGAAUGUUAAGUUUAGUACUGAGGGAUGCAGCUCUCUUGGCUUUAGGAUUAGUUGUCGAGGUGAGAACACUUUUGGCUGGGUGUUUCCUGUCACUGUAGGUAUUACAUCCCUGUGUGGGGCUGCUGGAGAGAACAACUCUAACUUCACUUUUCAGGCUCACAAGGUUCAUCUUUGAGCUGUUAAUUUGCCAAAUUCCCACUACUUUUACUCAGUGGUCGGAUACCACCGGUAGCCAAACUCCAGACCUAUAACUCCAGGGUUGUCUGAUCGGCGUCCUCCCGUUGGGUCCCGACGAGGAGGAUGGAGACGAGCCCCAUCCCGGUGUUGACGGUCCAAACCGCCCCCUUCGAAGACCAGCGGCCUGGUACCAACGGUCUGCGGAGGAAGACGGCGGUGUUCGAGGGCAAGAAGAACUAUCUGCAGAACUACAUCCAGAGCGUGUUGUCCUCCAUCGACCUGCGGGACCGACAGGGCUGCACCAUGGUGGUGGGCAGCGACGGUCGCUACUUCAGCCGCGCUGCCAUCGAAGUGAUAGUGCAGAUGGCAGCUGCCAACGGGAUUGGUCGUCUGGUAAUCGGCCACAAUGGCCUCCUGUCCACCCCUGCUGUUUCCUGCAUCAUCAGGAAGAUCAAGGCCAUAGGUGGGAUCAUCCUCACAGCCAGUCACAACCCCGGAGGCCCGGGUGGAGACUUUGGAAUUAAGUUCAAUGUGGCAAAUGGAGGCCCGUCUCCGGACACAGUGAUGGAGAGGAUCUCUCAGGUGAGCCGGACACUUGAGGAGUACGCCAUCUGCCCUGAUCUCCGCAUUGACCUUUCCAGGCUGGGAAGACAAGAAUUUGACCUGGAGAACAAGUUCAAACCUUUCAGAGUGGAGAUCGUAGACUCAGUUGAGGUUUAUCUACAGCUGCUGCGAAACAUCUUUGACUUUAACGCCAUUAAAAGUCUCCUCACAGGAUCAAAUCAGCUUAAGAUACACAUAGAUGCGAUGAAUGGAGUCAUGGGCCCCUAUGUCCGUAGGAUUCUUUGUGAUGAGCUGGGGGCUCCUGCUAACUCUGCUGUCAACUGUGUCCCUCUGGAGGACUUUGGCGGCCGCCCUCCUGAGCCCAACCUGACUUACGCCACCUCUCUGGUAGAUGCCAUGAAAGGAGGCGACUUUGGCUUUGGAGCUGCCUUUGAUGCAGAUGGGGACCGGUACAUGAUCCUAGGAGAAAACGGCUUCUUUGUAAACCCGGCUGAUUCAGUGGCUAUCAUGGCUGCCAACCUCUCUGCCAUCCCCUACUUCAGACAGCAUGGCGUCAAAGGCUUUGCCAGGAGUAUGGCCACCAGCACCGCCCUUGACAGGGUAGCCAAAGCCAUGAAACUGGCGCUGUACGAGACUCCCACAGGCUGGAGGUACUUUGGGAACCUGAUGGAUUCUGGCCGUUGUUCCCUCUGUGGGGAGGAGAGCUUUGGGACAGGUUCAGACCACAUUCGUGAGAAAGAUGGCCUAUGGUCAGUGCUGGUGUGGUUGUCCAUCAUGGCAGCCAGGAAACAGGGAGUGGAGCAGAUUGUCAGAGAGCACUGGGCCAAGUUUGGACGUAACUACUUCUGCAGGUUUGACUAUGAAGGUCUGGAUCCGCGUGCAGCCUUUUACUUGAUGAGGGAUCUGGAAGCAGUAAUCUCAGACAAAGCAUUCACCAGCCAGAAGUUUGCUGUAGGAGACCACAUAUACAGCGUGGAGAAGGCUGACAACUUUGAGUACAUCGACCCCGUGGAUGGAACAGUGGCCCGAAACCAGGGUUUAAGGAUCAUCUUCAAUGAUGCGUCCCGCCUGGUGUUUCGGAUGAGCGGGAGUGGCGGAGGGAUGGGUGCCACCAUCCGCAUUUACGCUGAGAGCUUUGAGAGAGACCCUGAGAGACACAACAGAGAGACACAGGUGGUGCUGGGUCCUCUCAUUGCCAUCGCGCUGAAGCUCUCCAACAUCCAUGAGAGGACGGGUCGCCGUGGCCCUAAUGUCAUCACAUGAGCAAGCAGGAAAACAUAAACACACACACAUGCGCACUCAUCUAGCUGCUCACGCAGACAAAAACCCCUUCAAAACUUUUCUGUCCUUUUUAACAUGCCUUCCCUUCAGUUAGCUUCUGUUUCCUUUUCUCUUUUACAUGACGACUAAACAGAGGGUGCUUACUGCAAGAGUUUAUCUCUUAAAAACAAAAUUAAUGUUGAACACUGUUAUCUCAGCUGUUUAUUGACCACUAUCGUCUGUUAAGUAGUGUCUAAACCAGUGAGGCUAUUUAAUUAUCUCUAGAGAUAAAUAAUGAAAAAUGCAUAAACAGCAAACAAGCAAUCAAUGUAUCAAUGUGCAUUAAAGUGACAUUAAAUGUUUGUGCCUUGCUUUUAUCAAGACUUAUUGACUGAGGGAGCCUUUUAAGAAGUUGUCCAUUUUUUAAUUCACGCUGUUUUUGUAUAACAGUGCUGUGUUCACUUUUCAUAUUGCUUGUACCUAUCCUCUCAUAUAAAAUUUGUCACAGUGUUUUGUUUUUUUCAACCAUUGCAGGCAGAAGUAAUAAUAAUUUUGUCAAAGUGUAAAAUAAAACCGCAUCACUGAUAUAAUAUAGUGAGGUGAAUUACAAUGUUUGAUAUAAAAUGAAGUUAAAGCCUCUAUGAAGAAGUGGGGAGUAGUCACACUCAUUUUUACUGCCUAAGGAUAGGGUAUUCAACAUGUAAAAUAGCAGUGCCUUAGCAAGACAAGGAAUAAGGAAGAAAAAGAUAUUCUACAAUGAUUUUUUUCUUUAAUUUGUCAGUUUAGGCCUUUGGGAAUGCUGCAUAACCAUAUUUGAAUAUUCUUUUUUUAAAAAUCCAAAUAAACCUUUUUUUUGUGUGAGA